AUGGAUUUGGACACACUUCCACCUGCUAGCUAAAACGACAUCAUUUUUGUCCUUGUAACAAAGCCAGGAGAACGCUCUACUACACAAGGAAGCGAAGAAGAAAAUCAAGAUCUAUUCGAUCUUGGCUGCGCGGGUUCUCUCUAAUCAAUAAAUUAUCAGCUUUCUCAAUGCUACAGCUAUACGAACUUCCAAAGUCAUGUGAAAAAUAUUAUUUAUUGUUGGAAGAGCUGUGGUUGUGGUGAGUAAUCAAGAGAGAAUGAGAAAGGAACCAAUUGUAGUUCAAUUGGAAUUGGCAAAGAAGAGAUGCAGAAGGGUGAUAGAAAGAAUAGAGGCCUUGCCCGCUUUCAAUAACAACAUCAAUGCUUCUUGCCAGCAUACUCUCUUGAAAUUGGCCCAGUCCGAACUCAGCUUCCUUUGCCGGUCCUCAUCUGCUUUGAAUUCCCUCAGUGUCAACAUUGGUCAUAUUGAGGCAGUUGUUCACAUUCUGCAACAGCCUUUCAUUACUGGAGUUUCACGUGUUUGCAAGCCAAUUUUCCUGUCACCUACCACUAAAAAUGGACAGAAAAGUGAUUCUUGUUCAAAAGGUGUCCAUGUUGAUAUAGUUUGUACUCUCAAUAGAAAGCCAGUCUGGAUUCUUGUAUCUGAUAGGAACCCAAAGUACAUUUUAUGGAACCAAUCCAAAAAAUAUAAGGGCUUGAAAUUCCGCAUUGAGCAGAUUCUUAUUGCUGCGAAGUCUUCUAUUGCACUAAAGCCUUCCUCAAUCAUACUCUUCUUCUCAAAUGGACUUGGCAGUUUGGUGUAUGAGAAACUGAAAGAAGAAUUUGGAGCUGCAGAGCUGGGAUUGGAAUUUUCUGUUUUUGAUUUUAAUUUCACUGAGGAUUCAGAAGGUGAAUGGAUUAAUGUACUUGCCAGAACAUAUCAAGAGGCUUGCAUACUCGAAAUAAAGGUUUAUGAAAUUAGGCAUGCUGUUAAGGCAGAGGCUUCAGAAUGUGAUGCCAAAGGCUCUAGUCCAGUGGCUGCUGAGGCGGAGGUUUCAGAGGAUCAUAUGGAGAGAAACAUGGGUUUCUCCUUCUGCUUUCUUCUUUCAAGAAUGGAAGUCUGCUUGCUACAUGUAAAAGAUGCCGAACGUACUAAGCUACAGAACCUGUUGGGAGGAGGUGAUUUUAUAAAUUUCGAUACAACUGCUUUGAUUGCUCUUAUAUCAGGAAUCAGUAAUGGUGCAACUAAAAAGCUUUUGGCUACCCCAGAAGGUGAAUUGAGGCAGCGAUUUAAGGGUAACUAUGAGUUUGUGAUUGGACAGGUGAUGUCUGAAAUUCAGAAUCCGAUGCAUAUGGAAUUGGGCAGCAUUCUAUCUGGAAAGAGAGGCAUAAUUUGCGGAAGUGUUUGUUCAGAGUUCAAGGAUUUGGUAGCAAUGUGUGGAGGGUCUAAUGAGAAGUUGAGAGCUGCUUAUUUGCUUAGAAAACUCAUGGUAGUGCCUGACUGUCCCUCAGAUCGGAUGAUGAGCCUCCCAACCACAAGGAAGCUUGCAUUGAAAAAUAAGCUUGUUUUUGGUACUGGUGAUUACUGGCAUGCUCCUACUUUAACAGCGAAUAUGGCAUUUGUGAGGGCGAUUUCACAGACUGGGAUGUCCCUGUUUACCAUUGUGCAUAAGCCUCGAGCCUUAACUGGUGAUUAGUUCUGUUGUGUUCUAACCACCACUGAAGGGGAUGCGCCCUGUUUGUUGUUGAUCCUGCAGUGCUCUCAUCAGAGUGUUUCCGGACUCUGUUUGGCCAGUCAAGGCGACGUUGAGUACAGUUUUGUUCUGGUGUCCUUGAUAGAAGUUUGGCAGUGACCCUUGACAAAGCUGUGUAUUUGUGUACCAAA